AUGUAUUUCAUCAGCACAUUAUUUGCAGCCACAUUAUAUAUUUUACCACUGAUCCAAGCUCUCCCUUCUUCGUACGACCAACAUUUUGCCAAGCAUCCAAUUAGAGUAUCCAUAAGUCGUACCGAAAAUGGUCAUGUUGCCGCUGUACAGAGAUCAAUCGCAGGCGAACAGGUCCUAAACAAGCGCGACAAUAACAAUACCGCUUCUCUUUACAAUGCAAGCGGAAGAGAAUACAUUAUCCAGGUCCAAAUCGGUACCCCACCUCAGCAAUUCGAUCUCACCUUGGAUACUGGAAGUAGCGAACUAUGGGUGCCUUCAUCAGAAUGCUCUGUUGACAUGUGUCCUUACUCCCGUUUCAAUCAAACCCAAUCUUCUUCUCUCAAUAUCACCUCAAAGACCUUUUCGGCCCAGUACAGUGUCGGACAAGCAAACGGAACCUAUGUGUACGAAACGGUCCGGAUUGGAAAUGCGACAAUCGACAAUCAAUUGGUUGGUUUGGUCAAUACGACAAAGAACAUCCUUGGCAUCGUCAAAUCAGGUGAACAAUCAAACGGAAUCCUGGGUCUCGGCUACCCCGGUCUAAACACAGUGCGUGGAGUAGACGGCGAUAUUCCGUUUGCUUUCAGCCUUGUCAAGGCAAAGAUCAUCAGUAACCCAAUCUUUUCUGUCUAUCUAAACUCUCUGCUCAACUAUGGCAACUCUGGCGAGAUUACGUUUGGUGGAACAGAUCCGACAAAGUACAAUGGAACUCUUGAAUACGUGCCUGUGGUUAGCUACCGUCUAGAGACGGAUAGCAUAACCAACAUCAACACCAACAUCAGCAGUACUAGCACCAUCCUCGUCCCAAACGUUGGAUCGACCCAUACGACUGCCGAUUCUCUUUAUCUCUAUUGGUCCGUACCAGGCCAGGGUGUUGCGACAAGUAACGGUGGAUAUGUAAAUAAUAUGUCUGACCCACGACCAUUCACGUUUGACACCGGAACCACCCUAACAUAUGUACCCAGCAACGUAUCGGACAGCAUCAUGCACUCUCUUUCGGGCGAUGUUCUCAAGGUCGUGUUUGACACUUACAACGGCGUCUACCGUGUCGGGUGUGACUUUGGCCAAAAGGCAACCUCUGAAUUUGUCGAGUUCCAUCUGUCCACAUCUGUCAAGGCAAACAUAACCAGGCCUGUCAUAGUCAAGGUGUCUGUUGUGGAUCUCGUCAUUCCCCUGGACGGAACCACUCUAGCAAACUCCAAGCUUUGCAUGUUUGGAAUCGCGCCCUCUGUCCAGGACUCGAUUGUGCCGGCCGAAGAAACAUGGGUUAUCGGACAGUCGGUUCUUCGAUCUGUCUAUACUGUGUAUGACAUGUCCAAAAAUCGGAUCGGAAUUGCACCGGCUAUCAAUACCAAUUCUACCAAUGGUGGUGCUGAUGGAAGUAUUGGUACUGGUACUGAUACUGAUACCACAACCACAACCACACAGCCAAACAAGAACGGCAGUAGUUUUGUGCCAAUAUCUGAUGCACAGUCGCUGCUUAGCUAUAGUUAUUUUAGCUACAGAACCAAGAGUGAUAUAUUUGUCAAUCAAAUGGCCAUUCUUUGUUGGCUUUGUGCUUUUUCUGCAAUAAUAAACGGACUCUUAAAGCACUUAUUCCUGUCUAUUGUACAGAUUAUUGAGCCAUGGUUGAUGUCAUGA